AAGAACGGGGGCUCGCAGGAGCACGGACCCGCUGAUAGGACCCGUUACAGUCCCGGUGUGACACAAGGGUGCACCGCGAUACCGAGGCGCUCCCGAGCCGCGCGCCGGGUGACGCAGUGCGAAGUGUCCUCGCCCUCGUCGUCGUAUUCGCCGUAUCGUCGCAUCCUCCUUUAUCGCCGCCGUAAAUGACAGCCACGAUGAGUCGUCGCGGGAUCACACGCUCGCUGAUUUGGUGUUUGCUGUCGUUCCCGGCGCUCUUCGCCGAGAGGCUGUCCCCGGAUCAAAAGGCACCGCAGUUCGCGCGCGGUUCCGGCGGUCUGAUCCUGAAACCGCCCUUCGAGGGCGCGCGGGCGAUAGCAGCGGGUCCGCCGACCUCCACCAACGUCGCCAGCGAAGACGGUGUCCAGAGGGAGGAGGUCGCUACCCUGAAGCUCGUAGAUGGCGAACUGGUCCGAGUGGUACAGGGAUCUUAUUCUUACAAGAGUCCCGAAGGGAUCCCCGUUUCCGUUAAGUAAGAAUACAGUCUUAUUCUCUAUGUUUUAAUGUUUGUUUGGCCAGAUUUUCUACAAUUUUAUUUAGAGCUAUUUUUUUAAAUAUUACGAGCAUAUAAUAUUUAAUUGCCUGUUCUCAACAAAAGUUAAUUGUACGCUUUAUCGUUUGAAUUUCCAAGAUUGAGAUUUUUUUAUGUUUCCAAAUUUGCUGAAUCUCAACUUGAAAGCGGAAUCUUUCGAAUCUUCGUCAUACGCUUGAAAAGUUAAAACUUGGAUACGACUUCGGAAAUAAGACUGCAA